AUGAGACAUACAAUCAAAGUUAACUGGGACAAGACAUUUGAAUCAUGUAAUCGUUGGCAUUUGGUAAUGAGCCAAACCGAUGAAAAAGAAAUAAAUACAAUUACAGAAUCGAAUUCAAACUUUUCUCCUUCGAUUCUCCUCCAACUACAACCAUCCUACAGUGUUCAAGAAUCAUGA